AUGAUGACUUCUCAACCACAUUUCAAUUUCAGUGGUAUGAAUAGUUCGCUUUCUUCUACGUCCAAUAGUAAUGAAAGUGCCAGUUUGAUGAAUCUUUUACUUUCGAAUAACGUUUCUAACAUUUCAAAUAACCAAUUGUACAAUAAGCUGAUUAACAAUCAUAAUCCAGAUGUGAAUGGACAAUCAUUUAAUUGCCCUCCUAAAACUUCUGGACCUUCCUCUCCAACGAAUCUAACUUUCGAACAACAAAUCGAAAGCCACAUGAUGCUAGACGAAACCUUUACACAACUUCCCUCUUCACUCCACAUCCCAUCAGAUUCAUCAUUAUCUUCACUCCGAAGAACCACAAGUUAUCCAAACAAAUUUCAUUCCUUCCAACAAUCAUCAAACACUUGUAAAUAUUGCGAAACUAGUCGAAACCUAAAGCAACCAUGCAUGUUUUGUAACAAGAAUGGAAAUAAUUUAAAAUCCAAAACACCUUCUCCUAUGAAUAAUUGCACCUCUCCUUCACAAUCCACUUGUAACAGUAUCAUUUCGAAUAGUAUGACACUUUCACAUUCGAAUUCAAUGGAAGCAAUAACUGAUCUUGAUAGAGCUUUGGAUGGAUUGAGUCCACAAACUCCAUGUUUCUUACAAUUGGAUAUCAAUGGAUUAGUUUCUGAAUUAAAUCAAUCCAAAACACCAAUUGAAGAUGUUCACAAUAAUACGAAACAACUCCCAAGACAAUUAUCAUUUAAUUUAUCCACAACUCCAUUCACAACAUUUAACAACAAUACCACAACUAGUACAUGUCCACCACAAUUUAACAAUUCCCAAAACAAUCAAAACAAUCAUAUCAUUCAACAACAACAGCAACAACAAUUUAGUAAUGCAAUGAUUGAAAGAUCACUCAAGUUGUCCACUCUCCAGAGAAGAAAUUCAUUCAUUGUGAAUAAUAGGAGUGCUUCGUCUAAUAAUUUAUUGUCGGCAGUUGUGAAAAAUCCAAGCACUUCACCUGCCAGUCCAACAACGAAUACUCCUGGAAAUUUGUCACCUACUCCUUCAUUGGCCUCACUCUCAAGAAAGAGUAACAGUUCUAGUUCUCUGAAUAAUUUGAGAGGAAUUUCGAAACAGAGAAAGACUGGAACACUCGUUACUGAAACUGUGACCACAACGAGUUCAACCAUUCAUCACUGUGUUGAAUUUCCAAAAGAUUCCACAUUUGUGAAUUCAUCGGGAAAUAGUGUACAACAACAAGCAUCUUCAUCUUCGAAUGGAGGAAAUGCAAGAAAUCAAUCUUGGACUUUCUAUAAGGAGGAGGCCUUUGAAAAUGAAAAGAAGAAUUCAAAGAAUAAUUUCAAAUUCCAUAACAUAUCAUUCGUUCACGUUCCUGAGCAAUAA